GACGUUCUCAGACUCGUAGAAGAGUAUUUCUGCGACGGAGCAAUCACGAAUCCACUCAUGGCCGGUAUAUCUGUCGAGGGACUCAAAUCAAAGCCGUGGACCAUCUGGGGUCCAAAGAUCCGCGAGACGAUGAUGUCUCUGAACCCAGAGUUGAAAAAUUUGAACUUUCUGCAUUCGGACUCGAACGUCGCUGACCUGGAAAAUUGGGGGGCUAUCUUUGGGGCAAGAUGGUCAUACUUUGUGCUCCGCAAAGCCCUCCGCCGCGACGACCCCGUCACGUUCACGCCAAAGAAGCGUAAGCGGGCUGCCAUCAUCGAAGAAGAGCCCUUGAACGAAGAAGAGAAGACCGUCUGCCGCACUUGGCUUCGGAACUAUGCGACAUAUCUGAACGCCUACGGAUACGAUCUCGACCCAGAGGACGACGCGGAAGAUGUUUCGUCCCUCCGGCUGGAUGGGAUGGUUCGGAAGACAACCUCAAACGCACUCGAACGAGCAAGCCGCAACGUCCUGGGACAACAACAAGGCGCCAAUGAUCAAGAGCUACCUCAAAGAACGCCGGGUUCUCGACGAACUGCCCACGAUCGCACGAGAAAUCGUAUCUCGGAGCGGGAGAUCGCGAAUCUAGGAAUUGGUCCCCAAUAAAACAUUCAGCUCGCUCAACCAAAAUUGAUAGAUAUAGGUAGCAGAGAGCAGAUUGCCCAGCCCUAGAUAGCUCCAGAAUGUUGAUCAAGUUACCCUCGGACAAGUGCUUAGCUAAUUUCAGGUGGUGAAAAUCAAACCGUUGUUUAAUUUGUCUAGCCGAGCAACCCAACUCCCACGUUCCAAAUCUCAUCCCACCGAGUUCCCAUGGAGAGUGUGCAAAACGAAACAGGCUCCUUAGCACUUCAAAAGAGCAAUCUCAUUCGCGAUGAUUCUGUCCAAGAGCAGAUUGCAGGUGCGUACCUAGGAACUUUGGCAGUUAACAUCCAACACCUCAACGCCGACUGGGGCUCGAUCUCGACCGCCAACCGCCCUCUGCGGUCGAAUCAAGCCAAGGCUCUGGCGGACCAAUUUCUCAACGCGCGUCUUCAGAAGGAACCCCUCGAGAAUCGGAUCAUUGGUGGCUGCGAUUUAACGGCCUG